AUGGCGUUUGAGCCUAUGAAAAGGGCUUGGGCUAUUUGUAGCCUUGUGGCAAAGCAGUUCAAGGCUGGACAAGAGGCGCGAUGGACUUUGACCCUUCUGGCAGAUAUUGGUGGUCGACUUGGGCGUGGAGUCAUUCUUGAAGAAUCUGAUAUUUCAAUGAUUUUGACUCUGCAAAGUCAAGUACAGCAACAGCUGGUGAAUGGCAAAAACAUUGGUAAUGACAAAUUGGCAAGGCAAACAUCAAUAGGAGUGCUAGAUGCUACUAUUGAGACAAUAGUUAUUCACCUAUUUGCAAGCCCAGCAUGUGAAUGGUUGACUCUCAUGCAAGAAGCAGCACCCAUCUUCCGACAACUCUGUCCUGAACCGGCUGGUGUACCAAUUAAUUUACCAUCAUUACUGCAGCAUGCUAAUGUUAGCCUUUGCUACUACGCUCACACCAACGUCUUGUGCGGAGCUGUGAUGGACCUCCCAAUGCUAUUUCAAUAUGACUGUACUCCUCAAAACUUCUCACAUGUAUACAGUCCCAUUGUGGAGAUUGAAAACAAUAGUGGGACUCAAUGGUUUCAUGGAACACCAGACCAAUUUGUGGCAAUGUUUGCCAAGAUAAAUGCAAUGCAAGAAGAUAGAUGGGCUCCCACACCUGAAAUAGUGACCAUACUUGAGCGCAGAAUUCAAGACUUCCAACCAAUCUAUAGCAAAUUGUGUGAUUCCUUUUUAUUGGCAACAAGAAUACUAGUUCAAGAGUGCUGGAGGCAAGUUGCCUAUAUCUACUUAUACAUGGGAUUGUGCGGAGAUUCUUCCAAUACACCCCAUGUCAAGCAGGCUUUCAAGCAAUUUAUUAAACUAUUAAAUAGCACUAAGCCAGGGCACAUGCCUGACAACUUCCUGAUAUUAAACUUUUGCGCACCUGCCGCUUGUAAAAAGCAAGAUUGCAACAUUAUAAGGAAACGUGUUCAGGGGAUUAAAAUCAAUGGCCCAAGUCAUGGUGUUAAUGAUAAUGCAAAAAUUUUUGAGAAUUAUUGGGCCCACGCCAAUGCCGAGGGAAGACCCACCAUAUGGUCAGACGUAGGUGAAGCUAGAAAGCGGGUGUUAGGUGUUUAA